UUCGGGGAGAAGAAACAGAAACGGUAACAGAGAGGAGCGUCGGUCGGACACUAACCUCCCGUAGAACACGAUGAGUGACCCGGACACCGGAGGGAGCGUCGUCCGCUACUACUGCACCGCCGGUAACGGGAUGGAGCGGUUCCUCAUCGGCGAGGUGAAGGAGAAGCUGGCGGCGGAAGACGUGUGUCAGACAGCAGGUAAAGUGUUGUUCAGCUCCUCCGCCGCCAUCCACCGAGUCAGCGCGCUGAAGGCGGCAGAGCGGCUCUUCCUCCUGCUGAGGAGCGACGCCCCGCUGCGCCUGCCCCCCCACAGCGGCCCAGUGUGCGUUGUCUUCAUGUCGGUAGCUAACGCCGCCGCGCUGCUUCGGUCCAGACUGCUGGGCGACGUCUCUCAGUGGGCCGGCGCUGCAGUGACGUGGCGCCGCCUGCAGGGGGAGCUGGCGACCAGGAGGACAGAGGAGGGGAGGCGGGGAGAGAGGGAACGAGGAGACGAGGAGUCGAGUGAAGCCCCUACGUUGAAGAGAGAGAGGGACGAGGAAGAAGAGAAGGAGUCUGAGAGAAAGAGACGCUGCGAAGAGGACGAUGGAGGAGAAGAAGCGUCAGCAGAGAAUAUGCAUCACGUGAAGCCGUCUGCUGGAGCUCUGCCCCCCGAGCCGGCGCUCUCCUUCAGGGUCAGCUGCAAGUGCACCGGCUCCCUGUCCCGGUGCUUCGGCUCGCAGGAGGUGAGCCGGCUGGUCGGAGGAGGUCUGAGCCGACUGCUGGGCUGGAGGGCGGACCUGAAGAACCCCCAACUAGACGUCAAUGUGUCUCUGAGCAAUGACCACUUCCUGCUGGGCUUCCCUUUAACCAGGUUGCCUCUCGCCAACCGGAGCUACAUGAAGACCACAGGACUCCGCUCCACUGUUGCCUGGGCGAUGGCCUCUCUGGCUCAGAUACAGCCCGGCUCCUGUGUGGUGGACCCGAUGUGUGGAGUGGGAACCAUCCUCAUCGAAGCGGCUCAGGAGCACGAGGCCGCGUGCUUCCUGGGGUUGGACCUCGAUGACGGACAGCUGCAGAGGGCCAAUGAGAACGUAGAGUUUGCCGAGCUGGGGGACAGGAUGCAGCUGCUGAAAGCUUCGUGCAUGAGGCUGCCUCUGUCCAGCGGCAGUGUGGACGCCGUCGUCUGCGACUUGCCGUUUGGCAGGAAGUUCGGCACCAAAACCAACAUGGCGGCCAACCUGCCACUUAUCCUCACGGAGAUGGAGAGGGUCCUCCGUGUCGGUGGAACCCUGGUUCUCCUCCUGAGUCCUCAGCUGUCUUGUCUCCUGAAAGCCCUCCUGAACCCGGCGGUCCCCGGACCGGCGCCCGGCCAGGAGGCGGAGCUCCAACGCGAGCCGCCUCCCCCCCGGCGCUCCCUGGAGCACCGCGAGACCCUGAGAGUGAGCUUGGGUGCGAUAGACGGACUGAUCCAUAAAUACGUCAAGACGGACAUUUGAUCUGUGUGUGUGUGUGUGUGUGUGUGUCUGUCUGUGAACUUUUUAAACAAAAAACAUAGAUAAUCACAACCUGAACUCUUUCCUUUCCCUCCUGAUGUUCGAUUAAUACGAAUGAAUAUAUUUAAUUAAGACAUAUAUAUAUAUGUCUUAAUUAAAAAAAUUAUAUAUAUACAUGUCUUAAAAAAAUACAAUGAUAUAUAUAUAUAUACAUUUUUAAAGAUAUAUAUAUAUAUAUAUAUAUGUCUUAAUUAAAAAAUAUAUAUAUAUAUAUAUGUCUUAAAAAAAUAAAAUAUACUUCUGGAAUGUCUUAAAAAAAUACAAUUUAUAUAUAUAUAUAUAUAUAUAUAAUUUUAUUGUAAAUCCUGUUCCCGUCCUCACGCGUGUUAAAUAAAGACACCUGGACGUUU